GAUGGCGGCGCCCACGGGGAAGAGCUGCCGGCGGGCGUGGGCCGCUCUCGUUCCUGCCGCCUUGCUGUGCCUGGCGGCCCGGGCGGCCGCGGAACCGGGCUCGGAACCGGGCUCGGCCGGCUUCGACGUGCGGCCCGGCGGGGAGGUUCACUCCUUCUCCCGGAGCCUGGGAGAUCUCAGCUGCACCUUCACCUACUCGGCCCAGGGAGGGACCAACGAGCAAUGGCAGAUGAACGUUGGGAUCAGCGAAGACGACGGGCUCUUCUCCUGCUCCAUCUGGAGGCCCCAGGGGAAGUCUUAUCUCUUCUUUACCCAGUUUAAAGCUGAAGUGAAAGGAGCCAAGAUAGAGCAUGCCAUGGCUUAUUCUCAAGCUGCUGUGGGUGCCCAGAACGACAUCCCCUUGAAACAGGAAGAGUUUGAAAUCACUGAAACAACAGUGUCUCACAGGGAAGGAAAGUUCCGUUUUGAACUCUCCAAGCUCACCAUCGUAGCAAAAUCACCCCGUGACGAGCUGUGA